AUGUUGGCCACAACAUUACUCGUUGGACUUCUGGCAGUGCCUUGCUUGGGCAGUGUAAAUCCAGCAAAGCCUCAGAUGGGAUGGAACACCUGGAACACAUUCAAGAGCAAUAUAAAUGAGACAUUGAUCAAGACAAGCGCAAAGAGCCUGGUAGACACUGGCCUUGCUCGGGCUGGCUACAAAUACGUCAACCUGGACGAUGGGUGGCAAGCCUUUACACGAGAUUCAUUGGGUCGCCAGCAGCCAAACUCUACCAGGUUCCCCAGCGGCAUUAGGGCAUUGGCAGAUUUUGUGCAUGGUCUGGGACUAAAGAUUGGAAUUUACAGCGACGCGGGCAUUUAUGACUGUGCCUUUUACCCUGGAAGCUACGGUUACGAGGAGCGAGACUCUGCUACUUAUGCGUCGUGGAAGAUAGAUUAUCUCAAAUAUGAUAACUGUGGCGGCUUCCAUGCGGGCACAGUUUCUCCUCAAGAACGUUUCCUGCGCAUGGGCGACGCCUUGAACCGAUCUGGCCGCGACAUCCUCUACUCGCUAUGUCAAUGGGGAAAUCAGUUUCCGUGGCAUUGGGCAUCUUUCUCGGAUAGCUACAGAAUCUCUGGCGACAUUAAGAGUGCAUUUGGCGAGGAUAGUAGUGGUGUCUGUCAAUCUGCUUACUGCCUGAAUACCGGUUAUGCAGGAGUCAGUGUGCUGACAAUGAUCCGCAAGAUGCGAGAGUUAUCGCGAUUUCAGAGACCUGGUUCAUGGGGUGACAUGGACAUGCUCGAGAUUGGUACUGGCACCAUGAACUUAUACCAAGAGCAGACCCAUUUCUCUUUCUGGGCGGCGCUCAAGUCACCGCUGAUCAUUGGCGCCAACAUCAACACGAUCAGCGUAGCGGUCAACUACCUGCCCGAGCUAUCGACCGAGCACAAGAUCCAAGUCUGGGGCGGGCCUCUUUCUUCUGGCAAGUCACGCUAUGUGGUACUGGCUCUCAACUAUGGUCCCAACAUCACCGACAUUACCAUUCCUCUCAGUGGAUUGCCUGGAUUGAAGGGUUCUAGUCUGUCGGAGUAUUCCGUACGAGACGUUUGGGCUGGAAAGCAAGGAUACCACGGAGGCAACAAGCUCGUACUGAAAGAUGUGGCAUUGAACCAGACUAAAGUAUUAGUUUUCUCAAAGAAAUAA